AUGGCUAAUAAGGCAACCUUUUACCUGCUUACCCCUACUUACCCUCUUAGGAGUAUGGCUACUGUGUCUCCGCUCACUUGGAUCGGAUGUCUCAACCUUUCUGACGGUCACUUGAGGCGUGACUUUCCCGUCAAUAUGCGAUAUCCUUUGUUCACAUGGCGUAACUUCGCCCUUAAAGAUUGGAUGCUGAGAAACAACUUGGAUCAUGCCGCUGCUGCCCUACUGAAUCUGGAGCACGAAGCCUUGGUCUCCAGCUCUGCUCUUUGA